AUGUGGAUAACCGGACAUUCUUAUCUUAUUAAACUAAGCGACAAGGAUAUUCUCAAUAUUCAAAAUCUCUACGGUAACUCGACUACCGACAAGUCGCCGAAUAAACCGACAUCCCCCCCGAAACUUCCAGUACCAACACCAAAGGAUAUUCCAAACGAUCUGUGCGAAAUAAAAUGCAUCGAUGCGAUAUUACUGUUGAAGAAACAAAUGUAUAUCGCGAGCGAAAAGUACGUAUGGCUGGUAAGACUGGACAAUAAAAAAUAUAACCAACCACUGGCACUUUCUACUUAUUUGAAAUUUUUACCUCCGAAUUAUACGCGCAUUUCAGCCUCGUAUCAAACUCUGUCCGGCGAUAUAAUACUAUUCGUGGAUAAUGCUAUUUACAAAAUGAAUUAUUCGAGCUUCUCGUUGGACACCAAUUGGCUAAGAUCAUUUUCAGAAUUCGGAUUGCCUGCAGAUGCGACGAUAAACGCCGCGAUAAACACCAAUCGGGGACGCUCCUACGUGAUAUACAACGGAUACAUGAUCGGUGAGGUGGAUGACUAUACCGGAGGCAUCGUUAAAUAUUAUACUAUUCAAACGAUAUUUCCGGGAACACCGCCGAAUAUUACGUUAGCUUUCCGAUAUCUCGACGGUAACCUUUAUUUCGUGUCGCAACAACAAAUUUACAAAUUCAACGAAUUUACGGAAAACGUACUCUCGGCGAGUAAGUUCGACAUACAAUCGAUGGGCAUCGAUUAUCCGCGAUACGGAUUACUGCAACAAUUGCGCGACCUCUUGCACAAAUUUACGCGAAAUACCGAAACAAUAAUGAGAGAGAGGGACAGCAAUUUAUUUUAG